GCAUCCCCUGAUUAUUUAUACAUCCCACAUGUUAACCUCCUUUCUUUGGCCCCUGGCUCUCACACAUCACAUCCAGUUACUCCAACACAGCCCACCAAACCUCUUACCACAUCCAUGCUCCCAGUUCUAUCCCGGAAAGAUGACAUAAUUCCCACAGUACCCAAACUGCAGGACUGGAACCCACCUACUAGACCAGAUAAGCCGAGCAAUACAGAACUGACAGAGUGGCCAAGGAAGAAUACGUCCCAGGCCCCCAUGAGGACCAGUGAUGACACUGCAAGGGUGAAGCAGCACCACCCUCUGUCUUGGUUUCCUGCCCUCGAAAAGCAUGACAUUCCCAUAGUGGUUGGAGUGGGUGUGUCCCUCACCUUCAUCUUCAUUACCAUGGCGUUCUACUCCCUGGUCCAGAAGAAUGACCCCGCGCUUGCAGGACGUGGAGCUCAAAGGGGCUUGGGUGCCCCUUGCAGACGUGGUGGCCGCCUGGAGAUAAGAAGGACAUAUGAGAACAGGGCGUUUGAAAAUGAUGAUUUUGCUGCUGUCAUCGAGCAAAGCCCUGACACAUUUGGAACAAGAGCCCCCCUGCCUACACCUAGUGCUAAAACGGGGAUGACAGAGUCUCCAGGCGAGACCCAGCUGGCCUCUGACUCCCCUAUUCCAGCACAGCUGGACACCGAACAUCGGAAUGAGCUGCAGAUGGUGUGCCAAUCGGAAAGAGUGAAACACCCCCCCUCGCCCCAGCCCAGCGUGCGGCUGGGGGACUCUGAGGACUGGAGGCCGUGCCCGGACCCCCUCCUUCCCCUGCCCGCCAGCCCAAAGCCAUCGCGGGAGGAUGGGCUUCGUACAUCUCUCACCCUGCAGACCUCCGAGGCUUUCACCACGCCAGUCAGCCAUAGUGUCAACAUUUUACACGCCUCUGGGCCCCUGCUGCUUUCCCACUGCGUCUCCGUGGGCGUCACCACAGUUGCGGUGGAUGUCCAUUUCUACCCCUCAGCCCCCACGCCACCACCUCCUCGCCCAGGCUCUCGACUGGCUGACAGCCCAGAAUCUGACCGGGUUACUCCCAGCAUGCAAUGCGAGCACUGACUGCGUUUGUAAAGAAGAGCAAGAAUUAAGAUACUGCGUCAAGAAUGAAGAUAAGAGGUGAAGAAAAGGCAAGCCUUCCUGAAGACAGAUGAGGAAGGGCUUCUGCACACCUCUGACAGCAAAGGCCACAAUACAAGCUUGGCAGAAACAUAUAUUUUAUGUAUUAUGAAAAUACUUAUGAAUAUUACUUAAUAUUGUUUAAUAGAGAUUCUAGUUUUAUCUGAAAUACAAACUAUGAAAUGUUAAAUGCUUUGUUUUCAUUAGGAUGCUAAGACGUCCUGAAUGAUGUAGCUGGUGCCAUCUGCAGAACCUUUAAUUAGUGUAGUUUUUGUUUGUGAUCCUAAGCGUUGUUUUGCGACGCUCUCACGUCUUGACUUUUACUGUUAAAAGUAUCUAAAAAGCUGACUGUUAAUUCUCACACUCCAACCAAAGGCACAUGCAUGCUAACAGACCUCGCAGUCACAAAUCAUCAGUGUUACUGGUACAGACUGUUACUACUACGUCUGAGGGAGGGCUAGUCUUCUCUGGGAUUGGAAGC